GGGGGGAACUCCAAGUGCCACGAGGGGAUCAUCCUGCCCAUAUGGUAUCCAGAGGAUCCCUCCAUGGGGGACAAGAUCGCACGGGUCAUUGUGUAUUUUGUGGCCAUGAUCUACAUGUUUCUUGGAGUGUCCAUCAUCGCCGACCGCUUCAUGGCAGCCAUCGAGGUUAUCACGUCCCAGGAGAGGGAAGUGGUCAUCAAACGGCCCAACGGGGAAACCACAACCACUACGAUCCGGGUGUGGAAUGAAACGGUCUCCAACCUCACCCUCAUGGCCUUAGGAUCUUCCGCCCCUGAGAUUAUGCUCUCGGUCAUUGAGGUCUGUGGACAUAAUUUCGAAUCUGGCGAGCUCGGGCCUGCCACCAUUGUUGGCAGCGCAGCGUUCAACAUGUUUGUCAUCAUCGGCCUCUGUGUGUCCGUCAUUCCCCAAGGAGAAGUACGCAAGGUCAAACACCUCCGGGUUUUCUUCGUCACUGCCGGCUGGAGUAUCUUCGCUUACAUCUGGCUCUACAUGAUACUGGCUGUGUUUUCUCCCAAUGUAGUCCAGGUGUGGGAGGGUCUACUCACACUGGCUUUCUUCCCCAUAUGUGUCCUCCUCGCCUGGGUGGCGGACAGACGGCUGCUCUUCUUUAGGUUUAUGCACAAGAAGUAUCGCACUGACAAACACAGGGCGGUCAUCAUCGAGACGGAGGCGGAGCGCUCUAAGGGGAUCGAGAUGGACGGCAAGAUGGUCAACUCUCACUACAUAGACGGCGGUGCGGUGAGCAAUAUGAUCGGUUUGAUCGAGGGUAAAGAGGUGGACGAGUCCCGGCGAGACAUGAUCCGCAUCCUGAAAGAUCUGAAGCAGAAGCACCCAGAGAAAGAGAUGGAUCAGCUGGUUGAGAUGGCCAACUACUACGCUCUGUCGCACCAGCAGAAGAGCCGCGCCUUCUACCGCAUCCAAGCCACACGCAUGAUGACGGGCGCCGGAAACAUCCUGAAGAAGCACGUCGCGGAACAGGCGAAGAGGUGCACCAGUGUGCAGGAGGUGCACGUGGAGGAGCCAGACGAGUACGUGUCCCGGAUCGCCUUCGACCCGGCCGUCUACCAGUGCCUCGAGAACUGUGGCGCCGCCAUUCUGACCAUCACCAGAAAGGGCGGCGACAUCAACAAGACCAUCUACGUGGAUUACAAGACCGAGGACGGGUCAGCCAACGCCGGGGCAGACUACGAGUUCUCAGAGGGCACAAUGGUAUUCAAACCAGGGGAGAUGUUCAAGGAAAUAAGCAUCGGCAUCAUAGACGACGACAUCUUUGAAGAGGACGAGCACUUUUUUGUGCGCCUCGGUAAUUUGCGUGUCCUGGAGACGGAGGACGAGCUGCUGUCCCCCAACAGUCUCCCCUACCCGAAGGCCAUGCUGGGCUUCCCCACCGUGGCCACUGUGACCAUCCUGGACGACGACCACUCGGGCAUCUUCACCUUCGAGAGCAGCUCGGUGCACAUCAGUGAAAGCAUCGGCAUUAUGGAACUGAAAGUGCUGAGGACCUCCGGAGCGAGGGGGACGAUCAUUGUGCCUUAUCGCACCGUGGAGGGUCUCGCCAAAGGAGGCGGCGAGGACUUCGAAGACACGUACGGGGAGCUGGAGUUCAAAAACGACGAGACGUGCAAACUUGUUCACGUGAAAAUUAUUGACGAUGAGGAGUAUGAGAAAAACAAGAACUUCUUCCUGGAGCUGGCCGAGCCUCGCAUGGUAGACAUGAGUCUGCAGAAAGGUGCGCUGGGUCUGGAAUUGGGGGGUGGGGGGGUACCCGAUAAGUGGAAUGAUGAGUCUGUCCUAACGAGCUACGAGGAGGAAGCCAAGCGGAUCGCCGAGAUGGGAAAACCGGUGCUGGGGGAACACUCCAAGCUGGAAGUCAUUAUUGAGGAAUCCUAUGAGUUUAAGAGCACAGUGGACAAACUGAUCAAGAAGACCAACCUGGCGCUGGUGGUGGGAACCAACUCCUGGAGAGACCAGUUCAUGGAGGCCAUCACAGUCAGUGCAGGUAGAGAUGAGGACGAAGAGGACACGGGGGAAGAGCGGCUGCCGUCCUGCUUCGACUACGUCAUGCACUUCCUCACGGUCUUCUGGAAGGUGCUGUUCGCCUGCGUCCCUCCCACGGACUACAUGAACGGCUGGGCCUGCUUCUUCGUCUCCAUCAUCAUCAUCGGCCUGCUCACGGCCGUCAUCGGCGACCUGGCGUCUCACUUCGGCUGCACCAUCGGCCUCAAGGACUCGGUCACGGCCGUGGUGUUCGUGGCUCUCGGCACGUCCGUCCCAGACACUUUUGCCAGUAAGGUGUCCGCGGUCCAGGACAGCUACGCGGACGCCGCCAUCGGGAAUGUGACCGGCAGCAACGCCGUCAACGUCUUCCUGGGCAUCGGCAUCGCCUGGUCAGUGGCGGCCAUCUACUGGCACAUGAAGGGGAAGCCGUUCGAGGUGCAGGCCGGCUCCCUGGCCUUCUCCGUCACCCUCUUCACCAUCUUCGCCUUCCUGGCCAUCUCGGUGCUGCUCUACCGGCGCCGGGCCCACAUCGGAGGGGAGCUGGGCGGGCCCCGGGGACACAGACUGGCCACCACAGCCUUCUUUUUCAGCCUCUGGUUACUUUACAUCUUCUUCUCCAGUAUGGAAGCCUACUGUCAUAUAGAGGGCUUCUAG